AACAUCAUAGAGCUGGCAUCGGUGGUAUGUUUAUCAUUCUGUUUAUGGUAUAUGUUAGCGUUGACGCACGAGAGACAGUUCAUUGAACGUGUUUUCUACGCUGGUUUACCGCCUCGAUCACCCGAUGUUGCACGUUUCUGUAAGCAUAUUCUGAUCACACUUUUGAUAAUGGUUACGUUGGCUGGUGGAUUCAUGAACAUUUCUGGUCGUGUUUAUCGUUACAUUAAUAAGCAACGUGCGAUUCAUUUUACUGAUUCACAAAGUAACAAAAAGAAUCAAAAGUGA